CAUCAAUUUACUGUCCCUUCAUUCAGCAGCCAUCAGAUUAUCAAUAUCAAAUAGUUUGAUUAGCGGUCGCCGUCUAUUCUACAUUAGAUGUAAAGGGUGUUGUUUCAACCUGAGAUUUUCAACGGCAUUCGUGCCACUUCGACGUGAUGCCAACAUACCGUGUUGAAGAGGCCAGCACUGGCCGCGCUGGCUGUAAGAACACAGAAUGCCAGCAGAAAAAAGAAAAAAUUCUCAAGGGUGAAUUGCGACUUGGCUCAUGGGUUGAUACGGAGCAAUUCCAGAGCUGGUCCUGGAAACACUGGGGCUGUGUAACUCCCAGGCAGGUGGCGAGUCUGCAGGAGAUCGUUGGAGACGAUAAGGACUUCUCUCUCCUCGAUGGAUAUGAUGAACUUUCUGCUGAGAACCAGGAUAAGAUCCGUGAAGCAGUUGAGAAAGGCCAUGUCUCUGAUUCUGACUGGAGGGGCGAUGUUGAAGUGAACCGCCCAGGUAAAACUGGUUUCCGUGUUCGAGUUUCCAAAAAGAAGGCAGCCGCGGGUGCGGAUGGGGAAGCAGAUGCAAAGAAAGCGAAGGCCGAUACUCCCAAGAAAACUAAACGGUCUCGAGGCAAGAAGGGGGAUGCGGGGUCCGAUGUAGAGGCAGAUGGUGAGCCAACUCCCAAAAAGGCGAAAACUGCAGCUCCCAAGAAGAAGUCAGGAAAGGCAGAGCAAGCAUCCGAUGCGGGAACUGAACAAGCGGAAACGCCAAAGGCUCGCCGCAAGUCCACUGGUGGACCAAAGAAACCAGAAGCGGAACCCAAGGCUUCUAAGGUUACCGAGUCCAAGCGACCCCGGAAGUCUGCUGAGAAAGGUGGUCCAACAACGACUCGAGUAACACGCUCUAGGGCCAGAGCGGGAUGAACUUGCUUUACGGCGGUGUCGUCGUUUUUAAAUUCCGGUUUCUAGCCAUUGUCCGAAAAGAAAUUGUGUAACCAUGUCUUUAAAUGCCGGGGCGUCGGAAGGAUUUUAAACUGUAUCUCAUGCGGUUCUUUCAAAUAUCCUGAGAAGAAUGUUCAGUUUACUCUGUAGUUUCAGUGAUCUCGUGCUCUCCUUCAGAAUUCCAUUCGGUUGACUCUCAAGUCGUGGCUAUUGUUGUGUCAUUCUGCUGACUGCGCCGAGUUGCAACUGGGAGCGAGAACCAUAUUGCAGCUCAAGUCGUCAUGGGCCAGGUCUCAUCUAGCGGUUGGUGUCC